AUGCCCGGGCCUGUCGCCCGCCCGCAUUCCCACACCACGCGGGACCCGGCGCUGCCUUGUUCCCGCUGGCUCCCGCCCGGCCCUCCCCCGGCACCUGCCGUGCUCCUGACGUCAGCAGGCCUGGACCCUGCGCACCUGGGCCGCGCCCCACCGCGGCGCCCCGCUCCCGCCCCCAGCGCACUCACGUCCCGUGGCCCGGCCGCCGCGCUGCGCUCUGCGCUCUGGGCGCCGCGCUCUGCCCACUCCCGCUUCAUUCAUCGCUCGGGGCCGCCCCCGCCCCGGAGGCCGCCGGGCCUCACCACCGCGGCCAAUGGCAGCGCGGUCCGGCCGGGGCCGGGCCCUGAGCUGACAGCUGCGGGAGCGCGCGUCGCGGCGGGCGGGGCCGCGGCCGGGGCGGGGCGGGGCGCGAUUCGCGCCAGAGGCGGUGCGACCGGGUUCCGCGGGGCGCGUGGGGAUCCCGCGGUUUCCCGCCCGGCCCUUCCAAAAGGCCGCCGCGGCUUGGGCCCGGGAGCGGACGGACGCAGGCGCGCGGUGGGCGGCCCCGUGAAGGUCACCGCGGGCUCCCAGGAUCCACCUGUGCGCGGUCCCUCGGGCCGGUCUCGGACGCGCCUGAGCACAAGGGAGAGCACACCCGCGCCGGGGAGGCCCUGGUUCCUGCCCGCAGUCUUUUUCCAUAAAACGACGUUGCCUUUGACAUUAGCGCUGACGCGGAGGAGAGGGUCCCGGAUGCAUUCCCGUGACGUGGGCCCUGUUAAAUUCCUAUCAGUGGUUUCCUGCUGCGACCUCGGACACUUCGCAGGCCCCUCUGGGCCUCAGGGUCCUCAUCUCAAAUUCAUGUGGAAGGAAGUUUAUGAAAGUCAUCUAUGGGGUGUGGCUCAGCCGAAGAGCCUUGCUUGGCAUGUGUGAGGGCCUGGGUUUGAUCCCCAGCCCUGCAAAGAAAAAAAGAAAAAGGGCAAGUACGUGCACACGAGUGAAUCCUGAGAUAAGCUGGGUGAGGGAGAAGCCCAGACCAGGGUGCUGGGCUGCUGGGGAGCACAGGAAGCUCCAGCUCUGGUUGGCCCCAGAGGGCAAGGCAAGACAAGGCCUGGCCUCUUCCUGUGUGUGAGACUGUACAGAAGAGAAGCAGGUGCUGGGACUUAGGGGAAUGUCUGCAUGCCCACUACUUAGGAAAGGGUCUUCCUUCCUGCAGCAAGUGUGGCCAGUGCCCACUGGCAUCUGGUCCUGGGAGUCCCUGGUCCUGGAGUUCCACAGGAUUCCAUCCUGUCUGUGUGCAGGUCUGCACUCCCAGGAGCUGAGGUGAGGUCCAGCUGCUCCAGUCACUGGCCUGUGCUCCUGACACUGCCCUGCAAGAGAAGAAACCUGUCACCCGUUGUUCUGGACCCUGGUGAGGAACGACACUGCUGGGGCCAGGCUCUUCCACCUGAAAGAGGAGGUGGGGUGCACCCAGAGAGGACAGGAGCAACCUGCAAACAUCUCCCCAGUUACAAGGACUCGCUCUCUCUGGACCUGGCUCAGGUGUGCAGCCAAACAGCAGACCCAAGAAGCCUUGGAGGCGGCCAGCUCCCUGCUGGGGGAGGCGGGUGAGCAGAGUUCUCCCGCUGCAAUGUGACGCUGAGGAAGGGCUCCGUGUCAGGCAGGGCUGCACGCGUGUUUCCACAGCUUAAUUUUGGAUUAUAUCCCCUGAAAUUGUUAUUUGGACAACAUUUUUCCUUUAAGCUGCUCAUGUAUUUUAUUAAAAGGGGUGGCUUAUUUUAAAGAAGGCAAUCCAGUGUCCAUUACAUAGAGAGGUCGCCAUAAAAAUAGAUGAAAGAAAACAAAAUGGUAUUAAAUUCUCACCAAAUACUGCUGCCUGCUGAGGGCUCCGAGCCCCAGGCUGACCUCAGACCCCACCAGAGACUUCCCAGGAUUCCUUGCUCCAUCUGAAAGUUAAGCCCAUGGCAAACAUUUCAUGCAAAACACAGGCUGUCCUUAAGGCUAAUCCUGGCACGAAGGCACCUUGAGGAGCCCUGGGGGCACCUGCCCAGCCCACAUGCCUCAAGGGACAGAAUGUGUAGCACUGCAGGGUCCAAUGGCCUCCUCCUUUCAAGAGGCUGCUUCACCCUCCGUCUUGCAGUAGAGGAAUUGGGAGGGACAGGGAGGAGGCCCACAAGAGGUCAACCACAGAGCACUGCAGCAACUUGGAACAGGGCAGGCUGAUUAUGUGCCCUGGAACAUUCUGAACUCAAUAAGAUCUAUCCCGGCAGGGUUCUUUUGGAGAGGAAAUAAUGAAAAGAAAAGGAAAGAACCCGAGUCCCCCUGGCUCCCUGUGGACUUGGGGGGUUGCUGCCUGCUGGGCAUCUCUGGGAAUCUCGGAGCAGGACUUUACCUUUCAUGCCAGUUACUGUUCUCUGAUGUCAUCUUUGGAGGUACCUCCAAGGAACCAAGAGGUGGACACUUGCAGUCACAUGUGUUCUUUCUGUAUAGGUUCCUGCCUGCUUGUGGACACUGUCAUUUCCAGGAAGAUUUAUCUCAGGACCAGAAGUGAAAUGAAGAGAGACAACGUUUCCCCUGAGACAAUCAGGUUGACGACAGCCAGAAUGGCCCUGGCUGCAAGCUGCAAAGUUGACACCUGCAAAAACUGACCCGCUCCUGGUGCUCGACGUUGGCACCUGAAGGCAGCCUGGCUCUUGGUGCUUUGUUGGAAUGCAGUGUUCGGUGGUCACAUCUUCUUGGUGAAUUUGGAUGUGCAUUAGUUGAAUUAUUUGAAACUGUUCCCAUUCCUCCUUUUUUGACUUACGGAAGGUCAAAAGGGAUCAGGCUCCAGACGCAUCCUCAGGUAGAGUGGAUGUGGCAUGCUUUAAUCUAUCAAAUUCCGUGUCUAGUAAGGAGCGACCACCCCAGAACAGCCCAGAGGUGGGCUGGUGGCAGGUACAGGGACCACUGGAGAAAAGCUGGAAAUCAGGAAAAAAUUCAGCCUGGAGUUAUCCACACUUCUUUGGGAAUUAAGGCGCGGGCAUGGGGGGCUGUGACCGUCUUGGCAGCAAGAUUCCAUGGAUGAAGCACUAUGUCUUCAAAAUCGUGAUUCCAGGGCUGGGGCUGGGCUCAGUGGGGGAGUUCUUGCCUAUG